UGUCCUACUCUAUUAUGCAGGAAUGGUCCCAUAGGGUCAGCUGUCUGUGUGUUCACGUUUAAUACCCAAGAGGACAACAACAACAUAGCCACUGUGUACAACGGAGACUAUCUCAAACAUGUUUCUCAACAAUGGGUGACUGAAAGCAACUACCAGCCAUUCACCUGUGAGCCUGGGAGCCGAAGCUUAGAAGAUUCCCGUGAUAUUCAGCUGAUAAAAGAGACGGUCACUUCGUCUAACGGACCACGCCCACUCUUGGCCAGUGAGAAGUACCUGUUUGACAAGAUUGUGGUAUCACAAGUCACAGCUCUCGACAACAGGACUUAUGACAUCGUAUUUGUUGCUGCUCACUCAUCAGAUGAGCUAGUAGUCUUGAAGGCCUCUCUCUCACAAGGCCAAGAAUAUCAUGUGAUCCAUUCCGAGGUGCUAGGCCGACCCACCCACAUCUCUGAGAUGCAACUGAGUGAGGAGGGACACAUCUACCUCACCACUAACAACGGUGUCUAUGGCCUCUCCGUGGCCAACUGCAGUGCUUAUAUCGACUACUGUUCGUGUGUGGCUGCUAGGGAUCCGUUCUGUGCUUAUGAUACGCCAUCUGAUACUUGUGUGUCCGUUUUCGGUGCUAGCAUGGACUCCAUUCAAGACAUCACUAUUGGGAACACAACAUACUGCCGAAGUACCUGUGAGGAGGUGGUCACAACACAGCCUUCCACACAGAUGCCUACCACUGCUGGGUGUGUACAGAGCACUACUACAGAGUCCACUUCUACCACAUCCGCUUCUACAUCUGCACCAGAUACUCUGAGCAUUGGUGGAAUAGAGACCUCCAACUCGACACCUCUGAAGGACCACACUUGGACAAUUGUGGGGGCUGUUGUUGGAUUUGUGAUUGGAGUAUUUGUGGGCAUGCUCGUCACAGCUUUCUUCUUCCGACGAUCACCGUCACUCCAAAAAUGCUCGAAGGCAGAGACGAAGGAGACACGAUCUAGAGGAUCAUGGGAACGAAAGAAAGAGCUAUACAAACCGAGAUAGCCGUAAGACCAGUGGCGUCUCUUCAGCCAGCAUACCGAAGCCCGAUGAAUACAUGAAGAACAACAAUGUUCGUCCUAAUGAGUGAGUACACAGCUGUUCGUCAGUCAAAAUCAUCGUCUGGAUGUGAUUCCAAAUUCUCUGCUACCUACCCCUCCAUUCACGAAUCCAGUGGCAGUCACGUGGCUGGCCCUGUUCCAGUACAUGUGCCCCCUCCCACACCUCCGUACAAGAAAACAGUCAGCACUUUUUCUUUCGACAAAUCGCCAAGUGAUCCUCCACGCUACAGCUCGGUUACACCACAAGUCAGAUCAGACCCCAAUCUAAAAUCAAAUUUAAGAGCAGAAGAGCCGAUCAACAAUUGGCAAAGAACUGCUUACGACCCCAACAUACUAGCAAGAGCACCAUCAAUAGAUGCCUCCAAACAUUCAAAGUACUCUAAAAAACUACUUUACCUGUGAUAUCACCAACACUGAGAUUCAGCACACAACAGGAAUUUGUUAAAGUACCAAACGCUGAAACAGGGUGCUCUCAAUGUUAAAUUGAUGCAUUAGUUCAUCAUUGUAUGUUUUGUCGAUUUUCGUUGUCAUCCCUGCAACCAUGUUUUCAGUCUUAUAAGGGUGUCCUUAACCGAGUUUUGUGUAUACAUUGUUUCUCUUUUGGCAUACUGGUAAUAACAUAUUAGGGAUAUAAUGCUGUCUUUAAUUGUUCAUAAUUAUAGCUACAUGUAGUUGUUUCAUUCACUAAGCAAAUUUUUUCAAUUGCAAUUACAUUGAGCACUUAUGUACGGUCUAUUCGUGCACACCACAUUGAUCAUGCAUCAACCGGUCAAACUAACCUUGCCAAAAUAAUAUUCUGUAAUAAUUAUGUUGCCACUUGUUUUGUAAACAACUUAUCUACUUCAUUCUCCAUACAUGUUGAUCCUAGGUGUCUGUUUUGUGUUACAUAGUUUCAUUCAUGAUAAUAAUUUUUAUUCCAAAUCAAAUCAAGCACUUUUAUAAUUAUACAAUCUGCUUUUGUGCAUGCCACAGACGGUCCAUGUCACUAAUAAUUAUUGGGUCUGUCGAAUUUAUAUUAAUUAUUGAAUCCACAA